AUGAGCCUUUCGUUCUUGCCGAUCCCUUCAAUUCGCACAUCCGCUGGUUUGGCAUCGGUCGCCGCGAACACUCCCCGUCUAACCGACGCUCCGACGAGACGAAGGCCAACCUGGUUUGCAACCCGCUGCCAUUCUCCAUCCCUUGUUUGUGCGGGCCUCAGUCCUCAAUGGCAUCUCUACGUCAACCAUACCAUCCUCUUCUGCACGUAUAUCCUCCCGAGGCGAUUAUAUCUCUAUUCGCUUCUUCAUCUCCCCGCUCUCUACUGGCAACGUGUGGCCCGGAUCUUUGAGGAUGCGGAAGUCAGCCGACAUGAAGUGCAGCGGCUGGUCGACGCGUGCGGCGACGUCGCGAUGGCCUCAACCGUGGAUGCGGCGCUCGCCAGUGGAUAUGCAACGCCUCCACAAGGGGUUCAUCGAGCGCUCUCGCGGGGGAUACCAUUCCCUGAAGAAUGGGAGCCUCCGGUUGUUUCACCUGCGCUGGCGCGUUUCAAGAUAUCCUGGGAGCAGUUCAUUGAUAGCUUGUUGAGAGAGUGGAAGACCUUGAACCUGGUUUCUGCAUUGCUGCUCGCAACUAUACUCACUAUCUUCCAGAUACAGGACGCCGCGAACGACCCUCUCACUCGAUGGGCUUCCCUUAUGUCCCUUGUAUUCGCAAUCUGGAGUCUAUGUUACGGAUGCGUCUACAUCGUUCAGUUCAAUACCAUGCGGUCUAUGGAUAAAGCUUCACGAUGGGCCGAGGAAGCCCAACGCACACGAGCAGCGGUGUUCUGGAACAUCUGGGUCCUCCUCGCGACUCCCGUCGUCUGGCUCGCCUGGUCAAUGAUCGCAUUCUGCAUCGCCAUCCUCUCCUUCAUCUGGCGCACCGGCUCCACGAACCAGACCAACGGGUACCCGCCACUCACCCCCGAGCAGGCGCUCGGCCCGCGCGUCGCGAUCUCCGCCGUCUUCCUCCUCGGCCUGUUCAACUUCUGGAUGAUCCUCCGCUCUUUCAGCAGGUACACGCACACCUCUGUCAGGCGCGACCGCCGAAGCCGCUUCGGGCGCGGGGACCGCGACGACGAGCGCGGGCGCGGGCGGGUACGCAACGAGGACCGCGACCGGAUGCACGGCAAGGUCGUCGCGGCGCCCGAGCCCCGCAACGCGGUGGGGAGCAUCGGGCUCGGGCUCGGGCUGUCAGGCCUCGGCGGCGAGGCUGGGAGCAAGCAGGGGUCGCCCGCGACGGGCGGCGUCAUCCUCGAGAACGUUGACCUCGAGAAGGGCGAGGCGGUCUACUUGGCGGGGGACAGGCUGGCGGGUGGGCAGUUGCCGCGAGUAUCGCCGAAGCUGUGA